UGAAGAUGGCCGGUUAUGACGUCACGGCAUCAUCUGCGCUGAAGAUGGCUGCUGUGAGGACGCUCUCCCGUAACGCCGGGAUGAUUUUGCUUUUUUUCCUCUGUGUGUUCGCAGCAGCGAAGAGCGAUGAGCAAGUCCCUCUGGUCGCAUGGGCGAGUGAUGGGUUUGCCUUGUCUCCUGUGAAAGCUCCCUCAGCGGGUCACACUGUGUCUGUGGAUGAGCUGGAAUCAUACCUGAACACAGCACUGAGCACUACACCUCACAAUCUACUGCUCUUCCUGCAGGAUAAAUUGAGUGUUGAUGACAUCACAAUGUAUGGAGGAGUCUUUGGAAACAAACAGGAUAAUGUCUUCCAAAAUCUUGAGGCGGCUCUGGCGUCCUCCUCCUCUUUAUGGUUGCCGUCGGUAUCAUCGUCCGCCACUGCUUUAGUUUCUACACUGCUUCAGAAUCAGAUUGAUGCGGCUCCUCUCUACAUGAACCCAGACACCCUUGCUCAACUCCGCCUCAAUGCAUCUGUUGCUGCCUUGCUGGUCUUCCGCCUCCCUUACAGCGGCGGGGCUGAUAUGAUGUCUACUAAAGAAGUGCUCAGCGGAAACGAUGAGGUGAUUGGUCAGGUGCUGAGCAUCAUGAAAGCUCAGUCUGUGCCGUAUACUGCUGUGUUUACUGCACUUUGGCCCUCAAGGGUGAUAGAGGAGGCGUCUCCAGCUGUGCACUCUGUCUGGUCACGAUCCCUACUGCAAUCCCGUCGUGAGGAACCUGUUACGAAGCCGCCUUUGGAGUUUAAGGAGAAGGGCUCUACCUGCAUUCUCUUGUGGGCGGAGAAGCUGGUGGUCAGCCAGUAUCGCUCAGGAAAGUGGGAGAGGCAUGACCUUGCCCCGAAAACCUUUGGUGAAGGUGCUUCACCCAACCUGUCAGGCUCAUCCUGCAAUGAGACUCACUCCCGACUGGAGAUAAAUUAUGAAGACGUCCUGAAUUACCGUUCUUUUAAGCUUGUUUUUGUAAUGAACCGGCGUCACUAUAAGGUUUCUGCCCGCCAUUGGUUCACCAUGGAUCUGGUUCAGCUGGAGUAUGAUGGGAAAAAUGCCAAAUUCAAUGGUAGCCGUUACGUCUAUGCCCCGUCUGAGUACUCGUACCGCUGUGAGUCUGUGAGCAGUUCCCGCUACCCACAGCUGUCACCCCACUCAGACAAGGACAAUGCCAACGACUGGCAGAUCUCUUUUGAUGACUUCCAGAUCCAGGGCUUCAAUGUGGCUGGAAAGGAUUUCUCUUAUGCCAGUGACUGUGCUAGUUUCUUCACUCCUGGUAUCUGGAUGGGGCUUGUUACAUCUCUUCUCAUGGUGCUGGUUCUCACUUACGGCCUGCAUAUGAUCAUGCAGCUCCGCACCAUGGACCGCUUUGACGACCCCAAGGGCCCUGCCAUCUCUGUUCCCCAGACUGAGUAAAAGACACAGAGCCAGUUUCCUUUCUCAUCCUCACAGCAGUAGUGUUUACUUUGGUUAUAGAUUUCACAAAUGUGAUUAAUUUCUUGUCAUUGGGGUGCUGCUGGAUUAUUUUUGUGUGUGUGUGCUUGUGUGUGCGUGUGCGUGUGAAUGUGAACAUUAUUCCAUUAAUAGGCAUGUUUAUGGAUGAAUCUCAGGAAUACAUGUCCAAAUCAUAUUAGAACAAAAAAACGGAAUAUAUAUAUUGCAUAAAGAAGGAUCAUUUUUAGGACUGAUAAGAUUUUUUUGCAUUGUGACAUUAUUGUUACAAGCAGCGCUCCUGUAAAUUUAAAUUAUGCUUUACUUUUGGGUUUUUGUUCAUUUUUUAAAAUUAUUGGCAGUGGUGAUACUCAUUAGGUUUGUAAAAGCAUUUUAAUUCAAGUGCAUGCAUUAAAAGGCAGAUACUAUCAUGAUGUAUAAAUGCUUUACUAUUUUAACAUUUCACCUUACAGUGCAAAACUUUUAAUGGUACUAAAAUAGACUUCUUUUUAUGCAAAAUAUAAUUUCCUGAGCAUGUGUUUGACAAGUUUUGUGAGAUUCAUUCUCGAGUCUUCUUUGGACUAAUGAUUGUUUGUUUGUUUGUUUUCCCUCAGAAUAACCUUGUUGUAUUUGCAAAUUGAGACACCAUUUAAUGUGAACUGUACACUUUACAUUAUAAAUUGGUGGUAUAAGAUAAAUGCCUAUUAACAGACAGCUUAAUGUUUUGUGUGCUAUAACUGUAAAUAUGAAAAUAACUUUUUGCUGUGUAAGUUAUUAGAUAAUAAAAAUUAUUUAUUGGUGGUGUGCAUGUAUGUUUGCAUCCAGUAUUUGUUUUUGAGUUCCUCUGCGGUUUCCCACAUUGUUUUGUGUGUGUCUGGUGUGUGUCCAUAGAUGUUUCAGUGCUGACUUGAGUAUGGACAUUUAGGCUUUGUUUUAAAGGAAAACAUGUUGUGCACUGUAUUUAAAUAUUAGGGAAAAAAAAGAGUACCAGAAACAUUCCCAUAUAUUGUUUUUCUUUGUGUACUAUUAUUGUAGUGAAUCAUUUGCACAGAUAGCUCUCAUAAAAAAUGUUUUAUGUUGAUGGCACAUGUUUAGUUUAUACUUAAAAGCUUAAUAAAUAAAAGGCUACCUGUUGUCAUGUUUUGCAGGUGUAUGCUCUUGAAUGUGUAAAUUGUGCCCGUGUUUAAUAAACUUAAUUGAGACAUAA